CAACAUAAUUGCUGACAGCUGAACUUUUGUUUACAUGUCGACGCGCGAAAUUAUGUCGGACAGCGAAAAUGUGGAGCAAGCUCCAAAUGAGCAUGAGUUGAGCACGGAAGCAGACCUAGCCCAUGCCUAUGAGGAGGAUGAUGAUGAUGACGAAGAUGCAGAGCCAAUAACCGCACAAAAGGUUCUGGAAAUUUUGGAAACCGCUUGGACAAACGAGAUGUUUGCACCCGAAUUGUUGCAACACCAGUCAGACAUGUUGGAGCUAAUGAUGUCACAAGUGGCCCAUAUGGAAGAGCAAAUGAAGGAUCUAGACAAGAAUGACUUUCGUUACGUGGUGCAUCAGAUGGAGCUGGAACGCAUACGCUAUAUUAUGGCGAGCUAUUUGCGCUGUCGGUUACAAAAGAUCGAGGCCUUCACGCAGUACAUCAUCAAUCAGGAUGCGACAUACGAUGCGGCCGACAAACGACUCUCGCCCGAAGAGGCGAAAUAUGCACAGGAGUUCGCGACAAACGUGGAUGAAUACUUCAGCAAAGUGGCCACACGGUAUAUGCCCAAUCAGCAGCGGGGUGAGGCCGAGCAACGAAUUGUGGCGCCCAAUCUCAUGAGCCACGUAUUUCUCAAGGCCAAUGUGGCAGUGUCUGGCGUUAUUGUGGGCGUUGAUGAUGAAGAGGUGGAUCUUACGCCAGGGUCUCAGCACAUCAUUCCCUAUCAACUGGUGGCCGAUCUUAUACAGAAAAACCAAGCGAAACUUAUAUAAAUAUCUGGGAAAUACACAUUCAAUUUAAAACUAU